CAGAAUCAGUGAUGCUGGUGAACAGAAAAUGUGUCUGCACAGCUGUGUGUGUAGUUUGUGUGAUUGUGUGUGUCUGUCUGACUGACUGGUCACAAUCUGAGGUGCUUGUGGUCCUGUUGACUAUAGGAUCACUGUAGGGGAGGUUUAACUUUCAAGUCAGACACUUGCAUUUCCACAUCCCUCAUGCUGUUCAAGAGUGUGUGAAUUGGUUUUCCAGCUAAUUGCAUUGUAUGCUUAGUGUUCAAGAGAUUUCAUUCAUUGGCAUGAAUGAAUACUUUUCAUCACCAAAAACUUGACAUCACCAAAGUCUGCAUAUUCCAGAUUCCAGACCUGCGAAAAGGUUAAAUUCAAAUCUGGAUUACUUCCAGACAUGGAGCAGAAGAGGCUAUGACCUGAUGCUGAGGAAUAUCUUGCUGGCUGAAAUUAUGCCUAUAGUGGAGGAAUUUGAUCAGAGGACAAAUGAAGACUCAGUGUAUGAGAACAGGUUACAGGCAGCAGCAAAUAAUUUCAUUGCUGCAACCUCGAGUCUGCCUAGAGCUUCUGGAUGCUUCCCCCCCUGUGGUUUCCAGGCGCAAGGAGCUGUUUAUAACUGCAUGACCUGUCAGUUCGACUCUUGUGAGUUCCCGCUUGAUUGCCCCGUGAAGGAUAUCAAAGUAGAGGAGAACAACAGGACUCAGAUGUGGUGUGAGGUCCCGUUCCACUUGCCCAAAGAUGUAGAGAUAGUCUGGAGAUAUGCAAUGGGGAAAACAAUGUUGAUAGAUCAGUUCAAAGAAGUCACGGUUGGUGUGGAUCCUCUUUACUUCAUCCCUUCUGCUCGACUGGAGCAUUCAGGCACCUACCAAUGUGAAAUUUUUUCUCAGGAGCACUCGCUCAUCCGUAUCUACUACUACCUCACUGUGGUCCCCCUGGUGCAGUUAGGUCAAGCAGAGCUUCAGGAUGUCUUUGAACAGGCAAUGCUCCCAGGAGGACAGUUUUCUUCACUAACCCCCACUGUUCCAAUCACCUUGUUGCUGCCCAGCACUGACAUUCUUACCACCUGUCUGGCUGCAAUGCUUCUGCUGAUCUUCCUUAGUUUAGGGGUGCUGUAUUGGUUGUCCUAUAAGAGAGGAACCAAUGAUUCUGUUCCAGACCAAGACAAAAAAUACACGGAAAAGAAGAAAUAUGUGAUUCACUGUUAAACCUGAGAUUUAUCCAUGUGAGAA